AUGCGUGGAAAAAGGCACCGGACAGUUAGCUGCGAGAAGACUGAAGCUUCCAAGAUGCCGUUCAACCAGAAAGACCGACGGUACCAUGGUAUGGCAAGGACGAUCGCCGACGUCAAGGACAAUCUCAAGGAUCGAGCAGCAACUAUCGUGCCGCCGACAACGACUAGACCAGCUCGACAACGCCAACCGCCUCUUCGAUUGCAACCCGAUCCGAAGAUGAAGACAGGUUCUUAUUCACCAGCUCAAUGUACGCAGCAAUGUUUGAUACAGUUGCCUGAUUUGGAUUUAGUUAGUGAGCAAGUACGAGGUCAAAUAAACCAUCUUCACAACUCGAGCAAGGACACAACAGGCGCAGCUGAAAGGAACAAUUCGUGGCACGAUAUAUUUCCGCAAAUUCUGGACGUGGCGCCGACUUUGGACGUGUUUAGUUUGAAGUCAGCUCAUGGUCUUCUGGAGCACAGUAGGAAGGCAAGAAAUUGGACUUCUGAAAAAAAAAGGUGUAAUAAAGCAGAGGAAAUGAUGAUGGAAAGGAAAAUUGUUCCUAAGAAAUUGAAACCACUCGAUGGAGAGGCACUUGCGUUCGUCAAACUACGCUACAAGGACAUUGCAAAAUAUAUUUUGGCCGGUGUGUUGACUGGAAGAUGGAUUGUGCAGCGAAAUCAAUAUUUAGGUAGUAGUUCACGAGCAUCUACCCAAACGAGCACCACCAAGCCCCGAUCCACGAACAGUAAUAAACGAAGAUGUGGUGGAAGAUGA